GGCGGCGCCCAGACAGGCCUGGAGCACGUAGGUGGCGGGGCUGGAGGGACGGAUUUCAGGUGAUCUGGGAGGAGGACCCAGGGUAGCGUGUCCAGUUUCUUUGCUGGAACCUGCCUGCGGGCCUGUGGUCUGUAAGGGAGCAACUGUGGCCUCCUCUGUGCAUAGAUCUCGGGCACGGCCCUUCAACGGGCGGCGAAAGCUGCGACUCGGUGAUUCCUCAUUGUAGAGUUGGGUGGUCCAGGAGGCUUAACUGGAGCCCUUGAUCUGAGCGGGAUGAAUAAGAGGGAAUCCCCACACGGAGACACUGCUGGAGAGAGUCGUAUUGGGGAGGCAGCUGGAGCAGCAAGAUGCUGUCGAGACCGAAGCCAGGGGAGUCCGAGGUGGACCUGCUGCGCUUCCAGAGUCAGUUUCUCGCAGCUGGUGCAGCCCCAGCAGUGCAGUUGGUGAAGAAAGGAAAUAGGGGCGGUGGUGAUGCCAACUCAGACCGGCCUCCGCUCCAGGACCAUCGGGAUGUGGUGAUGUUGGACAAUCUCCCAGAUUUGCCCCCAGCUUUGGUCCCUUCUCCUCCGAAGAGAGCCAGGCCCAGCCCUGGCCACUGCCUGCCUGAGGAUGAGGACCCAGAGGAGAGGCUAAGGAGGCAUGAUCAGCACAUUACUGCUGUCUUGACUAAGAUUAUUGAACGAGAUACAAGUUCAGUGGCCGUGAAUCUGCCUGUGCCCAGUGGCGUUGCUUUCCCCGCUGUGUUCCUUCGCUCGCGGGACACACAGGGGAAAUCAGCAACAUCUGGUAAGAGAAGCAUCUUUGCCCAGGAAAUUGCGGCAAGGAGGAUAGCUGAAGCCAAGGGCCCAUCAGUUGGGGAAGUUGUGCCCAACCUGGGCCCACCAGAGGGUGCCGUGACCUGUGAGACACCCACUCCUAGGGACCAGGGCUGCCAGCUUCCUGGGAGCAGCCACAGCUUUCAGGGACCCAAUCUGGUCACAGGGAAGGGGCUCAGGGAUCAAGAAGCUGAGCAGGAAGCCCAGACUAUCCAUGAAGAGAACAUAGCAAGACUGCAGGCCAUGGCUCCUGAGGAGAUCCUGCAGGAACAGCAGCGGUUGCUGGCCCAGCUUGACCCCAGCUUGGUUGCUUUCUUGAGAUCUCACAGCCGCACGCAAGAGCAAACAGGAGAGACGGCCUCUGAGGAGCAGAGGCCAGGAGGACCCUCUGCUAAUGUCACCAAGGAGGAACCCCUCAUGUCAGCUUUUGCCAGUGAGCCCAGGAAGGGAGACAAGCUGGAUUCAGAAGCCCCAGCUCUGGCACUGCCCGUGACCCCUCAGAAAGAAUGGCUGCACAUGGACACUGUCGAGCUGGAGAAGCUCCACUGGACCCAGGACUUGCCCCCUGUCCAGCGGCGGCAGACACAAGAGAGGAUGCAGGCUCGAUUCAGUCUUCAGGGAGAACUACUGGCCCCUGACGUGGACCUGCCCACCCACCUGGGUCUGCACCACCAUGGAGAGGAGGCAGAAAGAGCGGGGUACUCCCUACAGGAGCUGUUCCACCUGACCCGCAGCCAGGUUUCCCAGCAGAGAGCACUGGCACUGCAUGUGUUGGCCCAGGUCAUCAGCAGGGCCCAGGCUGGUGAGUUUGGGGACCGGCUAGCAGGCAGUGUCUUAAGCCUCCUUUUGGAUGCUGGUUUCCUCUUCCUACUGCGUUUCUCCUUGGAUGACAGAGUGGAUGGGGUCAUUGCAACCGCCAUCCGUGCUCUUCGGGCUCUGCUGGUGGCUCCUGGAGAUGAGGAGCUCCUCGACAGCACCUUCUCUUGGUACCAUGGAGCUUUGACGUUCCCUCUGAUGCCCAGCCAGGAGGACAAGGAGGAUGAGGACGAGGAUGAAGAAUGCACAGCAGGAAAAGCAAAAAGGAAAAGCCCUGAAGAAGAAAGCCGGCCUCCACCUGACCUGGCCCGACAUGAUGUCAUCAAGGGGCUCCUGGCUACCAGCCUGCUGCCUCGGCUGCGCUACGUGCUGGAGGUGACAUACCCAGGACCUGCUGUGGUCCUUGACAUCCUGGCCGUGCUCAUCCGCCUGGCCCGGCAUUCCCUGGAGUCAGCCACAAGGGUCCUGGAGUGCCCUCGGCUGAUAGAGACCAUAGUUCGAGAGUUCUUGCCCACCAGUUGGUCUCCUGUGGGGGCAGGGCCUACCCCUAGUCUAUACAAAGUACCCUGUGCUACUGCCAUGAAACUACUUCGUGUCCUGGCCUCAGCUGGGAGGAAUAUUGCUGCCCGGCUGUUGAGCAGCUUUGAUCUCCGGAGCCGCCUGUGCCGCUUCAUAGCUGAGGCUCCCCAAGAACUGGCCUUGCCCCCAGAGGAAGCUGAGACGCUGAGCACCGAGGCCCUCCGUCUGUGGGCUGUGGCUGCCUCCUAUGGCCAGGGCGGUCACCUUUACAGGGAGCUCUACCCAGUGCUGAUUCGGGCCUUGCAGGUGGUGCCGCGGAACCUCAGCACCCACCCACCUCAGCCCCUGUCCAUGCAGCGGAUAGCCUCACUGCUCACUCUCCUCACCCAGCUAACCCUGGCAGCUGGCAGCACCCCUGCUGAAACCAUCAGUGAUUCUGCUGAGGCCAGCCUCUCGGCCACCCCUUCCUUAGUCACUUGGACACAGGUGUCUGGGCUCCAGCCUCUUGUUGAGCCGUGUCUAAGGCAGACCUUGAAGUUGCUGUCCAGACCUGAGAUGUGGAGAGCCGUGGGCCCAGUGCCCAUUGCCUGCCUGUUGUUCCUGGGAGCCUACUACCAGGCCUGGAGCCAGCAACCAAGCUUAUGCCCGGAGGAUUGGCUCCAGGACAUGGAGCGCCUGUCAGAGGAGCUGUUGCUGCCACUGCUGAGUCAGCCCACCCUGGGCAGCCUGUGGGAUUCCCUUAGGCACUGCUCCCUUCUCUGCAACCCGUUGUCCUGUGUGCCAGCCCCUGAAGCUCCCCCCAGCCUCGUGUCACUGGGCUGCUCUGGAGGCUGCCCCCGUCUCAGUCUGGCUGGCUCAGCCUCACCCUUCCCAUUCCUCACUGCCCUCCUCUCUCUGCUUAAUACCCUGGCCCAGAUCCACAAGGGGCUGUGUGGCCAGCUGGCUGCCAUAUUGGCUGCCCCGGGACUCCAGAAUUACUUCCUCCAGUGUGUGGCUCCUGGGGCUGCCCCACACCUCACACCUUUCUCUGCAUGGGCCCUGCGCCAUGAGUACCACCUGCAGUACCUGGCACUCGCUCUGGCCCAGAAAGCGGCAGCGCUGCAGCCACUGCCAGCCACCCAUGCUGCCCUCUAUCAUGGUAUGGCCUUGGCCCUGCUGAGCCGGCUGCUGCCCGGAAGUGAGUACCUCACCCAUGAGCUGCUGCUGAGCUGUGUAUUCCGGCUGGAGUUCCUCCCGGAAAGAACAUCAGGGGGUCCAGAGGCAGCUGACUUCUCUGACCAGCUGUCGUUAGGAAGCAGCAGGGUCCCUCGGUGUGGGCAAGGGACUCUGCUGGCUCAGGCCUGCCAGGACCUCCCCAGCAUCCGCAGCUGCUACCUGACUCAUUGCUCGCCAGCCCGAGCCAGUCUGCUGGCCUCCCAGGCUCUGCACCGAGGGGAGCUACAGCGAGUCCCAACCCUGCUACUGCCCAUGCCUACGGAGCCUCUGCUGCCCACCGACUGGUCCUUCCUGCCACUGAUUCGCCUCUACCACCGGGCUUCAGACACCCCCUCGGGACUCUCUCCCACAGACACCAUGGGCACAGCCAUGCGGGUCCUGCAGUGGGUGCUAGUUCUGGAGAGCUGGCGCCCCCAGGCUCUCUGGGCUGUGCCCCCUGCUGCCCGCCUGGCACGGCUCAUGUGUGUGUUUCUGGUGGACAGUGAGCUGUUCCGGGAGUCCCCAGUACAGCAUCUGGUGGCAGCCCUCCUCGCCCAGCUCUGUCAGCCUCAAGUCUUGCCAAACCUCAACCUGGACUGCCCACUCCCUGGCCUGACGUCUUUCCCUGACCUCUAUGCCAACUUUCUGGAUCAUUUUGAGGCUGUCUCUUUUGGGGACCACCUCUUUGGGGCCCUGGUCCUCCUGCCCCUGCAGCGUCGGUUCAGUGUCACCUUGCGCCUUGCCCUCUUUGGGGAACACGUGGGAACCUUGCGAGCUCUGAGCCUGCCUCUGACCCAGUUGCCUGUGUCCCUGGAGUGUUACACAGUGCCUCCUGAAGACAACCUGGCCCUCCUUCAGCUCUACUUCCGGACCCUGGUUACUGGUGUGCUCCGUCCACGUUGGUGCCCCGUGCUCUAUGCUGUGGCUGUGGCUCAUGUCAAUAGCUUCAUCUUCUCUCAGGACCCACAGAGCUCAGAUGAGGUAAAAGCUGCCCGCAGGAGUAUGCUGCAGAAAACAUGGCUGCUGGCAGAUGAGGGUCUCCGGCAGCACCUCCUGCACUAUAAGCUUCCCAAUGUCACGCUCCCAGAGGGCUUUGAGCUCUAUUCUCAGUUGCCCCCUCUGCGUCAUCACUACCUCCAGAGACUGACUUCAACAGUUCUCCAAAAUGGGGGAUCAGAGACCUAGGAUAGUUGAUAUAGAUGGAAAGAUGGGUACAUUGUCCUGUAUCCAGCCUUUCAACAGAUGCCUGGCCAGACGAAGGACAUUGUGUCCUAAUGGUAGGCAGAAGACCAAGAAGCAGAAGGCUUGCCUUCCUGGGAGCAGGUUGUUUGAGCUGUUUUAGAGCAGAGUGAGCCCUACCAUUACAUCCUGAUAUCUGGGGCUUCUGAAGGUCUGUGCUGGGAGUGAAGAGUGGCUUAGCUAUUUACCCCCUCUUUGGGGACAGGGCAAACUAAAUGCAUCCCUUCUUACCUAACUCCUGCCCAACCCCUGCCCCGGGCUGAGGUAUAUGAAUGCUAUAGCUGUGCAUUAAAAUAAAUGCUUUUUAUCUCCUGGA